GUGACGGGGCGCGUAGUGGCUAGUCAUCGGAGGAUAAACAUACCAGAGUGAAAACUGACCAGAAUGAACCUACUGAUCUAUUAAAUAUCCUAAACAUGGGGCUCAUCAUUCUAAGCCAACUCCAUAUGAUUGUGUGUUCAUUUAUAUUUUAUUAAUCCGUUGUUGUCAGUGUUUUUAAAAUGAUGGAGUUCCUGCUGCAGGUCAAAGUUGGAGCUUUGGUAGGGUUGCUCUUUUUAACCCUGCUUUUUGGACUCAUCCCUGCGCGAAUGAAGUGGUUUCAUGACACAAGCGGAACAGAAAUCCACAAGGCCGUGCUGAGUUUCGUGAGUUGUUUUGCGGGAGGUGUCUUCCUAUCUGCCUGUUUAUUAGACAUUAUCCCGGACUACCUGUCUGACAUACAGAAAGAACUGCAAAUACGAGGCCUUGAUAAUGGCUUUCCGCUGGCAGAGUUCAUCAUGGCAUGCGGCUUCUUCAUGGUCCUUAUCCUGGAGAAGGUAGUCAUGAGCUUCAGGGAGGCUCACAGAGAAGAAGAGAGGUCCCCUCUGUUAGCCCCGGCGGGCCACGGGCACGCUGACGGACAUCACUCGCUGAACGACCUGGAGGGGAGCGGCCACCACGUCCACGUGGACAGGCACGCUCACUCGUCCUUCCGUUCCUUCAUGCUCUUCCUGUCUCUCUCUCUCCACUCUGUGUUUGAGGGCUUGGCCAUCGGCCUGCAGACCACAGACACCAAGGUGUUGGAGAUCUGCAUCGCUAUCCUGGUCCACAAAAGCAUCAUCGUCUUCAGUCUGUCGGUGAAGCUGGUUCAGAGCGAGGUCAAGCCCAUGUGGGUUGUUUUGUACGUGACGGUCUUCGCCAUGAUGUCUCCCCUCGGCAUCGGGAUCGGCAUCAUUGUGAUCGAGGCCGAGCUGGAGGCCGGAGCGUUCAUCCAAGCGGUGCUGGAGGGGCUGGCGGCCGGAACGUUCAUCUACAUCACAUUCCUGGAGAUCCUUCCACAUGAGCUGAACUCCCCGGAGCGACCGCUGCUCAAGGUUCUGUUCCUCCUCUGUGGUUUCUCAGUAAUGGCCGCCCUAAGUUUCAUGGGAUGAGAGACGCUUUUAUAUUUCGAACUGUGUUCGACAAAGAACGCUUGAGGAGAUCGAGCUCGGCGGGAUGUGACUUUCAAACGGCUCGUGAUUUCAGUCAUCUUGUUUUACAAAGAGCUUGUUUCAAAAAAUUAUGUUUCAAAAAGUAUUUUUAAUUGACUUUUAUAAAGCACACUUUGAGGAAAACAUGCACACGACUUGGGGUAAAAUAUUUUUACUUGAAAUUCGGAUUUCACUUUUUCACUGUGAUUCAGAUUGUUUGUGUAUUCACUUUCAGAUAUUCUGUACAAAUAACUGACAUAUUUUUCAAUCAUGUUUCUGCAUUUCAUCACUAACUUUUUGUUCCUCCUACAUGUGCCACAUUACCUGUCAGUUUGACUGAACAUACUGAAGUCUGCACGGUUGAUUCUCUAUAAACAUUUUAUAAGAUUUCACCAAAAAUACAAAGAUGGAACUCAGCUGCCAAAACAGAUUUUCUCUUAAAUCAUAUUAAAGUGUGAUUCAUUUUUUUAUUGAAUUUCAAAUAUAGAAAGCGUACUACAAACACAUUAAUGAACAUUUAAAAAAUGUUGAAUUAACAUGCAGUUUUAUUGCAUGUGCCUUUUUACAGGAUUAAUGACAUCUGUGUUAAACACUAUCAGUAAAUCUGGGUUUGCGUGCUAUUGUCUGUAGUAGUUAUGUUUUUUAACAUGUUUCUGACAAUCAAGUAAAAACAAGUAAAACCUAA